AUGGUGAUAUUCGAAAGCGCAAACCUUGCAAGAGCAUCGCCGUUGUCGGUCUCACUCUCACUCUCACCCUCACUCGCGUGCCCACGCCCUCUGGUCCUGCUGUUGGUGUCAGCUCAAGCGCAAGGUCCGUCGGGCCAUCGCAACGAACCGGCAGACGAGACGGUCGCCAAACCACGUCCGAGUCAGACGAGGCCGAAUGGGUCACGUGAAGUGAAGAGGAGCGGACGUCGAGUUGGUCUGCCUCGAUCGCCAAACGUCAAAAUGGCCGCCGCCACGGCUUCAAGCGCGCGUUGGUUGUCUUGCAUGUUGUCGGACAAGACGCCGGCAGAAGCCCGUUUCCACUGGGCCUGUGUCGGCAUUCUCGACUGUCUGACGCCGGCCGACCUUCGUUGGCUGGUCGACAUGCUCGACGAGCAGCAGCGCGCCGGCGGCUUUCAAUGCGUCUUCCCGCCGGCCGCCAAUUUGGGGCUGGCGGCUCGCUAUUUGGGCUACUUCGAGAUGCCGCGAUAUGCAAACCUGCUCUGCAUCGCCUUUUUGCACAACUUCCUCGAGGACAAAGAUAAAGCCGACACCGGCCUCGGGAGGCUACUCUUUUUCGGUUUGCCCAGAAGGCCUUUUGGCAUAAACAUGGCGAUGCUACAAUUAAUGGUGGUGCCUAUGGCCGAGCGAUGCCUCGAGAAUAUGAAGGACCAAUUUUGCAUGCAAAUUCGCACCAUUAAACCCUGCGUCAUUGCAGAGGACUCAAAUGCAAUUCACCACACAAAG